UAUUUUCUAGAGUGGACCAUGAGAGUGGAAAAUAGCAACGGACAGUCGCAACCAGCCGCAACUUCGAAAACAGUGAAGGAUAACGCUGAGAUCUAUUACGACAAUGACGAUAGUGAUCGGUUCUACUUCCACGUGUGGGGUGGCGAAGACAUCCAUGUCGGACUUUAUAAGGAACCAGUUGACCAGGAUGAGAUAAGAGAAGCCAGUUUGCGUACAGACGAAUGGCUCGCAUCGGAACUUGCGAUGACUGGAGUGUUGCAGCGUCAAGCGAAAGGUCUUGACUUGGGAGCAGGAUACGGAGGUGCGGCCAGGUUUCUUGUAAGAAAAUUUGGAGUUUCCAUUGACUGCCUUAACAUCGCACCUGUCCAAAAUAAGAGGAACGAAGAAUAUAAUAGUCAAGCAGGACUGGCGGAUAAUAUCACCGUCAAGUAUGGAAGUUUCUUGGAGAUUCCUUGUGAAGACAAUUCCUAUGACUUUAUCUGGAGUCAAGAUGCGUUCUUACAUUCCCCUGAUAAGUUGAAGGUAUUUCAAGAGUGCGCAAGGGUCCUGAAGCCUGGAGGAGUCAUGGCCAUAACGGACCCGAUGAAGGAGGAUGGUAUUGAUAAAAGUUCAAUUCAGCCCAUUCUUGACCGCAUUAAACUUCAUGAUAUGGGCAGCUUGGGACUCUAUCGCAGUUUGGCGAAGGAAUGUGGCCUUGUCACUCUUAGAACUUUCAGCAGACCUGACUCUCUUGUUCAUCAUUACUCUAAAGUGAAAGCUGAGCUUAUCAAGAGGUCCAGUGAAAUCGCUUCUUUCUGCAGUCCUGAGUUCCAGGCGAAUAUGAAGCGGGGUUUGGAACACUGGAUUGAAGGGGGAAGAGCAGGAAAGCUAACUUGGGGAGGAAUGCUAUUUCGCAAGUCCGACAAAAUAUAGAUAUGUACUAGUGAAAUAGAACAGUAUUUACAUUUCUAUCAACGCAGUUAUUAAGUAAAGGAAAAACUGUUGAAAGUAUUCGGAAAGCUGUAUUUUCGCUUCGGUUAACAUUGUUUCACUUUU